ACGAGAACAACCAGUUAGUUCAUCCGGGACCGUGGACAAGCUCGAGAAGAUCGCUGCUUCUGGACGCAGGACAUGCUACGCGUCACCAGUGACCAGGCGACGUCGCGACGGACGGAAAGAUCGACAGGAAUGGCUUCAGCUUGCCAGCGUCCUUGGAAAAGCACGGCGAGGCCACAUAAGAAGGGCCGAUGAAGGCGCGGGGCAAAUGUUGAGGAGGAUAAUCGACCGACGGGACAGGCAGACGACGAGAGACGGAGAGCGGUGCCAUGUCGCCGUCGUGUCCAUGAGACAGGGACGAGGACGAGGACGAGUGAGCGACGCAGCGAGGAUUCGAUUUGUGGUCGAGACAUGGCAGCGAGCUGUGUAGCCUUGCGUGUUUCAUCACCGGGUCAAUUGCACUACGCGACUGCUGUAGGCGUUUCGCUCCCUUCUCUGAAACGCGGUGCGCUGCUGGCGCGAAUUUGCCCCGCCCGUUGUAGCAGUGACCGGGAGGGAGGAGGUGGUGCAGGCGAGGCAGGAGGAGGAGGAAAAGGAGGCUCUGGUGGAGAUCCGCCGAGGAAGAAAGGAGGAGGUGAUAAGGGGAGGAGACGAUUUGAUGCAGGAUUCUCCUUCGCCGAGGGAGGAAGCGGAGACUUCUGCGUGGUUCCGCGCGAGCAACAACCUGUGAAUGAGUAUCAGGAUUUGACUCAAUCCUUGCUGUUCCCAUGGGCGACAGAUGAUAUUUGGAAAUAUGUCUUGAGGUUGGCUGCAAUUGGGGGCCUGAGCACUCUGGUCAUUGGUUGGCCCGUAUCAGCAGUGAGCAUCAAUGCCAGUCAAGAGCCGGUUAAAUGCGCAGUUGGAGCUCUCAGUGGAGGUCUUGGGGCUUCGACACUUGCUGUCGUGAGACUGUACCUGGGCUGGGCUUACGUGGGAAAUCGUCUGUUCAGUGCGACCGUGGAAUAUGAGGAGACAGGGUGGUACGACGGUGAGGUUUGGGUGAAGCCACCAGAGGUGCUGGCUCGAGAUCGGCUACUCGCUUACUACAAGGUCAAACCGGCGUUGAGGCGUUUGAAGGUUACGCUCGUCUGCUUGGCCAUUUCCCUGGCAACCUGUUCCGUCCUGCUGUUUACGCUGCAUCCGCCAGAGCGGAAACUCCCUGUUGCAGAGGAAGACUCACCUGGGCCCUCGGUGGUUAGAGGUAUAUAUAGCGACAAAGCUGCAAGAGAUUAUGAACCAGGAGCAUUUUCCGAUGAAGAUGACGUGGCAGGGCAAUUCUUAGAGAAUUGUGCAAUUCCUGCACCGGUUCUGACCUCUCAGAUUUAGUAUUCAUAUUGUAAGCUUUCCAACGCCAGAAACUUUGUAAACCAUGUACACUACUGAAAAAGGGACGUGUAGCUCAUCGUUAUUGUCCUGCGCCUCACCCUGCAUUCAAAUUUGUGCCAACAAUGAAUCCCAGAUAGAGCUUUAUUAUAAAUCCACGAGGCUUCUCUUGUCAUGUACUAUUCCUGAAGCGGCAUUUCACUUCCGUGUAAAUUAUUCUCCAUGGAUGAAAAGAAUCUAUUAAGCGAAUCGUCGCUCC